CUUUUUCAAAAAAUCCCCCCUAAAUUAGAGACGUUGACAAGAGAAAAGGAUCUUUGCCUGAACACAUCCACCACCUGCUCCACGGUUUGCAAGUCAGUAGCUAGCUGUUAAGCUGGCUGGAAGCUGAAACGGAGGUCAUCGGCUGUAUUCCGGAUGUUACAGAAUAGAAUCUGCAAUUUAUAAUUCAUAAUAUCCAGAAGGGAUGGAAGACCACAACAUGGAAGGAGCUCGCCAGGUUCUUGUCCAUGAAAUGAUGAAGACCAAGCCAAAUGCAUCCCUUGUGAAGAAAGAGAUGGACGUGACCUUUGCUCUUCAUAGAAAGGAGUUUGUCAAAGAUAAGCCUGUCAUCAGCCAAAUGUUACAGCGAUGGCCAGCUCUUUUCACAGAAAGUCAGGUAUAUCAUGAGUUUAGCAGGGUGGUGGGGGAAAAUCUGAGAGACUUCUUUGAUGCACUAGACCAUAUCUCUACAAAUUUAAUGGAGAUCUUCAAGAAGAAGAAAGGCCUCACUGGUCAGCUUUUGGCUGAACUUUUACGGCUAACAAAGACCUCUGAAACAACCGACAUCAGACGCCUUUGCCUUCGGGGACUGCCAAUCAUUUUAGGAGAUGAUUCUUCUGCCUUCUUCAAGACGUGCUCUGAUGCAGCUGACAAAGAGGCUUACAAUGAGACUCCGGUUGGGAUCAUCAUUAUCGGGGAGGAAAACUCACCACUGAACCCAUCCAGACUGGGGAUCGUCCUGGAAGGGAACGUGGUGUUUGAUGGACCGGCCAACCUUCCUCAGGCCUUCUGUGUCCUUUUUGGACUGACGUAUGCACUGCAUUUGGACUAUCUCAAAUACAUGAAGAACACUUUCCUCUUUGUCCAGCAAGUGAUGUUCAACUUGGGUAAAAGUCAGCUGCCACCCAAAAUUCAGACUCUGAAAAACCAGCUUGCAGAGUAAAUUGGGGUUAAGCUACUGUUCUAGAUGUCAUGUGUUUUUGUGAGCUUGCACUUUAAGAAACUACAUUUUAAUGUAAGAUUUUUGGUAUUGCCACUGAUUUCACUUCUUUCAUUUUUAUUUCAGGCUGUUGGUAAUAUUUAGAAAAAAAUCGUAAUUUUAGGAUUAUUGUGAACUUUGCUUUCAGAUUAUUCUGCUGCAAUUUCAAGCAGAUGCUCGUUUUUCUUUUUUGCAAACUUCAGGUCAUUCUCAUUUGCCUGUGUACCAGCCUCCCUAAAGUAUCAGUGACCAGUUGACCUAUAUAUAUAUACCUUUGUUGCAAUGUUGAAGCUUAAAAAAAUGAAGUAAAAUAAAGACGUCAAUUUUCUGACAUUA